CAGGAUGACCGUCUCCUAUACACUGAAAGUGUCCAAUGCCCGAUUUGGGGGCUUCUCCAAGCUGCUCUUCAGGUGGAAAGGAAGUAUCUACAAGUUACUAUACAAGGAAUUCAUCGUCUUUGUUGCUUUGUAUUGUACGCUGAGUUUGACCUACAGGUUAAUGCUGAAUAAACACCAAAAGUGCCAGUUUGAGAAGGUUGCCAAGUACUGUAAUAAAUACACGGAUCUGAUCCCUAUCUCAUUCUUGUUGGGUUUCUACGUCACUCUGAUCAUCAACCGUUGGUGGGCUCAAUACACCAACAUCCCGCUGCCGGACCAGCUGAUGUGUGUGGUAUCAAGUAAUGUGCACGGAGCGGACGAGAGGGGCCGCUUGCUUAGACGUACCCUGAUAAGGUUCGCUAAUCUAUCCUCGGUUCUCAUCCUGAGGUCUGUCAGCACCCGUGUGCUCAAGAGGUUUCCAACCAUGGAGCAUAUUGUGGAAGCAGGGUUUAUGACCCACGAGGAACUCAAAAAAUACGAGAGCCUCGCUUCUGACUAUAACAAAUACUGGAUCCCCUGCGUCUGGUUCACCAACUUGGCAGCCCAGGCUCGUCGGGAUGGAAGAGUCCGAGACGAUGUGGCUCUGAAAUUGCUCAUGGAUGAGCUGAACAAGUAUCGUGCAAAGUGCAGCAUGUUGUUUCACUAUGACUGGAUCAGCGUGCCCCUCGUGUAUACGCAGGUGGUUACAAUUGCCGUUUAUUCAUUUUUUGCCUCUUGCCUCAUUGGACGACAAUUUCUGGACCCCAAUCACAAUUGUAACGCAAAUACCUUGAACCCCAGUCAAAACAGCACCGGGUAUACGCUGGACACCAGUCCAAAAGACCUCAGGCAUACGCUGGAUCCAUAUGUCCCGGUUUUCACUCUGCUUCAGUUCUUUUUUUACUUUGGAUGGCUAAAGGUGGCUGAGCAGAUCAUAAAUCCUUUCGGAGAAGAUGAUGAUGACUUUGAAACCAACCGGCUGAUCGACAGAAAUCUACAAGUCUCUCUACUUUCUGUUGAUGACAUGUAUCAAAAUCUGCCUCCAAUGCUGAGAGACAAGUACUGGGGUGAUCAGAGUGCUGCACCCCCUUAUACCAUAGCCACAGCUGCCGAGACCCUGAAACCAUCCUUCAUGGGUUCUGCCUUCGACAUGCGCAUUUUAGGGGAUUCAGAACAGUGUCAGGUUGCUGUGACCCCCAACACUCCAAGGGCCCGUACCCCCAUGCUCAACAGAUUCCUCUCCUCUGCUCCCUCUCCCGCUAUUGGCAUGAAAAACUUAAUGGGUCGGGGCGUACGAAGCCAUCUUGUGCGUUUCAAAGGAGAUGGUUACGCAUCUCCCAACACAAACUCCCGCCACAGCGAUCAAGACCCAGAGUUUGUUGGCCGCAUCGACGAAGAGGAGACAACAGAAGACGAGAAAGAAAGUCGAGGCAGCGAGCCGCCUACGCCGAGGCCUCUUCUGAAGGUCCCACGACGACUUGAAGCUUCAGAGAAACAGAAGAAAAUGGAGCAGCCCAGACAAUCUCCACUCUUAAUUACCGUGACUGAGCCAUUUAUUGAAGAUUUAGAUGAAGAUCAGGCUGAAUGCUAGACUAACCCAAUCAUUUUCUUAUCCAACCCCUCUUUAUCUACUGCCCACUGUGCCCAUUCAUCCAAGG